UUUCUUUCAGGAAUUCAUUUUAUAAUAUAUAUAAUUAUAUAUAUAUAAACACUCAGCUGACACCUUUACUUCUAUCUCUCAACAACACUUUUCCUUUCUUCACUCACUGCGAGAUUUUUCUCAUUUUGUUUUUUUACUUUUAUUUUUUUCUUCCAUUUUCUUCUCUGAAAUUUGAUUGUUUUUAGAGAAUUUUUGUUUUAAUCUUCACAUUUCACUCAUCUUCUCCGUUUUCUUCAUGAUUUCAGCUGAUGUUUUGUGAAUUGUCAAUGGAUUUACAAGAUUGCAGCUCUUUUGUUGCAUAUAAAUCCAUAAAUUGAAUUUAGGGUUUGAGUUGUUUUUUCUUCAUACCGGCCGUCAUUAUCGUCAUAUCUGAUGAUUGUUCGGGUUUAAAGUUUUGAAAGAUUUUAAUUUGGGAUUUGUGGUGUGCAAUUUGAGGGCUUAGAUCUCGGUGGUCAUUUUCUGCGAGCAGCUUCGCCAGCUUUCUUCACUUGGGAUAUGAGUAUUACGAGUGAAAGUGAGGACAAUAUGACGAUGAAAGGGAAUGUAAAUUCGCCGUCUGUUGAAGAAGCUACUGGUGGAGCUAACGCUGGAGGUGUACCACUAAAGAAAGGUCCCUGGACUUCUGCGGAAGAUGCAAUUUUAAUGGAAUAUGUAACAAGACACGGAGAGGGAAACUGGAAUGCUGUGCAGAAACAUACGGGACUAGCUCGUUGCGGUAAAAGCUGUCGUUUAAGGUGGGCAAAUCACUUGAAACCGGAUUUAAAGAAAGGUGCAUUCACUCCAGAAGAAGAACACCGUAUUAUUGAGCUCCAUGCUAAAAUGGGAAACAAAUGGGCGCGAAUGGCUGCCGAGUUGCCUGGUCGUACUGAUAACGAGAUUAAAAACUAUUGGAAUACUAGAAUCAAGAGAAGGCAACGAGCAGGCUUGCCAAUCUACCCUCCAGAUGUCCAUUUGCAAGCCAUACACGAGAGCAAUCAAAAUGAGGAUAUGAGCACAUUCUCGACCGGGGAUACACAGCAUUCCAAUCUUCUGCAAGUGAACUAUUUUGAGAUCCCCGCUGUGGAAUUCAAAAAUUUGGAACUAAAUCAGCAGUUGCAUCCGCAAUCACCACUCGAUAUCCCCGCAAGCAGCUUGUUGGCACAAGGUCUAAAUUCUUCAUACGGUCCAAGACCUUUCUUCUCGACUAUGAACCCGUCCAAACGUCUCCGAGGACCAGAUUCCUUGUUCACGGGUUUAAGUUCCAAUGACAGUGAUAUUUUCACAGCCUUUGGUCCGUAUCAGAGUGACACUUGUAUGCAGGUUUCUCAAUCCUCCGGGUUUUCUUCUGGAUACUAUCAAAAUCUGGAUCCUGAUCACCCGUCUUUAUCGUGUGUAAUUCCUGGCAGCCAUGCCUCUUUAAAUAGCAACUCCUCUUCUUUAGAGCCCGCAUGGGCAAAGAAGCCGGAACUCCCUUCACUCCAAAGUCAGAUAGGUAGUUGGGAUGCACCUUCCUCCCCCCUUCCUUCACUCGAGUCUGUUGAGACUUUGAUUCAGUCGCCUCCCACCGAGCGUUCUGAAUCGGGUAAUGUUUCUCCGAGAAACAGUGGCCUUCUGGAAGCAGUGCUUUACGAGUCACAAACUUUGAAGAAUUCCAAGAACACUUUACCUCAGCAGAAUUCCGAUGCUUCCAUGAUACCCAGUGACAUCGUGGAUAAUACAUUUCCAGAUUUCCACGAGGCAGAAUGGGAAGGAUAUGCUGACCCGAUCUCUCCAUUAGGUCAUUCUGCUGCAUCAGUUUUCAACGAGUACACCCCCAUCAGUUCAUUAGAAGAGCACCAGUCAGUCGAGAUGCUAGCAGGAUGCAAAUUUACACAAGAGGACGCUCCCUUGGCCCCAAUGCAAUGCGAUGACAAGGACGAUGCGUUGAACCAGAUUUUCUCCAGACCAGACUUCUUGCUCGACUCAAAUUGUUUCGGUCUCAAGACUGGCCUCAACUAAGCGCAGUUCUGUACCAAAUAUGCAUUUGGACCAUUCUGUUUGCUUUAGCAGGAACUGCACGCGAGGGAGCCCUUGUCAUGUGCCACUGUGCAAACAUCGUGCAUGGGUUGUGCACUACGAUUACCCGUGCACGAUGAUUUUCUUGAAAUUCCAAGAAAAUUUUAGUUUCAAAGCCUCUUCAGGGACACCUUAUUUUUGUUACUAUAAUAAGAUCCUCUUGUGUUUGAACUCUACAAUGAUAAUGUAGUAUUUGCAUUCAACAGGUUAGCUGGCAACUUGUGUCUUUUAAAAUCUUCUCCUGAAACUUAAAUGGCCAGAAAAACAAUAUAAAUUCUUGUCUGUAACAGUAGUGCCUGAAGAUUAUGAUCAUAAAGGUCAGAGAGACAGCUUGCAGAA